AUGCCAGGACCAGUCGAUCCAGCGGCUGACAUCGAACCAAGCGUCGCCUCGCUUCGUCGUCGUGAGACAGCGGAGCCGCACACCUUCUUCGAGGAGGACGUCGACAACGACACCGACACCGACGACGAGCCUUCCACCCCACGCAUGUCUGCCGCCGCGCUGUACUCGGCCUACAAUGAUCCGACUCUGCCAGCGAGCGAGCGUGAGAGUGCCUUUGUCCUCCUCUUCACCCGCGACGGAUGGCAGGCAGAGCUCAAUGAAGACGAAAUCCGACGGACCAUGGCGAUUGCGCAUGCCCUCGACGACAUUGUCCUCGAAGAAGAGGUGCGUCUGGCCACCGAGGCCGCGCACGGCGAAGGCCGCGUCAGACGAGCACCCGUCAACUACCCUCUGGCCUUCGUAUGGGCCCAUAUCCUUGUCCGGAAGGGGGAGAUGAGCACCAGCGCACGCGACGGCGACGCCGAGGGCCCCAUGUUCUGGAUCCUCGAAGAGCUCAAGGUCGACGCUCGUCUCACACGACAGACCUGGGCCACCUGGUCAGCGACGAUCCAGCGACUGCUGGUGCCUCAUCCCCGGGCCAUUGGUAUCCUCCUGCGCGACAUUCACAGUGGACAUCCCGACUACGCCGAGACCCUCGACCUCCAGCUCGGCACCUUGAUCACGCCCACCGUCGGUCUCGAGCUUCAGUCAGUCGUGCAGGCCGUGCGUGAGCGGUCAGAGAAGGGCAGCGACCUCUGGCAAGCACUCGCAGAGCAUUGCCAAGGCGCGCAGACGGAGACCAUUGUUUCUCUGCGUCAACGUUUCAACGAGGUACGCCAACGCUUCUACGAGGCACGCCAAAGGCAAGAGGACGGGACGCUCGAUCACAACGCCGACCGCUUCCGGGAGCUGCUAUAUGAGUGCAGCAUCCUCCUCUAUCAGAUCCAGAACCUCGAACAAAUUGCUCAGUUCCGCGACCGCCUCGGGAUGAGAUAG